GCAAGAGUAGUGCUUUGAAACAGGAGUAACUAGAGUACAGUCAGAUGAUUUUGACAAGAGUUUUUCCACAACCUUCCUAAAAUUUCAUUUCAACCGUACAGACUGUACAGUAUAACGGAUAUAUAUAAUUAUGGAGGAAGCCAUGUCUUUUACACGUAUGGUCGUAUCCGACGCCAUGAAUGGCAAGUAUCACUUCCCCAUCUGGUCGUCGUCGCGCCGCGUUCGGCGGACAAAUCCGCGUCGCAAACACCACGAUCUGCGGGCUCUCCGGGACAACGCUUCCCGCCGUUGUCACGCGUCUCGAGCAUUGGCGCGAGGACAAUCCAUGCCGGCAAAAAUCGAAGCCAGAAUUUCCUCGAAGCGCUCGGCCCGCGCCCUGUCGGUGCAUUCCACGGCCGCUCCCAGCCGGAACCCGGAUCCCGGCAAGGGUGUCGACGCCGAAGACCCGGACCCGGAUACGGUGGACUACGUGGCGCUGUGCGCGCCCACCCAGCCGGUGAUCCACCGCGGCUUCCUCUACCGCCGCGCGCCGGCACUGGACACGCCCGAGCACCUGGCCUACGCCUGCGCGCACGGGGCGCGCCGCCGGGAGGCGUGUCAGGGCGGCCUGUACAUGGCCCGGGGGGAGCCGCAGCGUCCGGUGCGGAUCCCGCACUGCCAUCGUCCCAAUUACGUGCGCUGCUUCGAUUUGUACCUGCAGGAAGCGGCGCUGCGGCAUCUACGCGAGCAGGUCCUGGCAGCGGACAAUCCGCGCAAGGGAUACCAGGAUUUCUACGGCCUGGACCGGGAGCUGGCCAAACUGCUGCCCACCUGGUCGGCCUUUCAAAAGCAUUACCGCGCGGAGCUGAAGGCGGCCAAGGAGCGCAAGUGUCGUGGUGUACAUGCGUGAUGAUUCACGUAUUAUAAUAUAAGGGAGAGUAAUAUAAGGGGAGCCCAUAUAAGGCAGCAUUCGAAGUACUGUAUAUGGGUGCUGCAAGCUGAUGCAAUAUUCUAUCGAUACUUCUAUAUGUUGCACGGAUGCAAUAUUCUGAUACAAGCUGUGUAUAUAUCGCUAUAGAAACUUGGCGCUCUGCGUAGCGCAAGUUAGAGUUAUCCAGAGUUUACCAUAGUAACGUAUACUGUACUCUGUACUCUUAUAAACUAACGUCUUUCAAGUGAACAUAAAAUUUAUACCGGCA